AUGUCCACACCUACCUACGACACGACACUCUACCUGAUCUCCCUUCCCACUCGGCUGGGCGAGGUCUUGAGGUUGAGGGAGACGGUCACCUUCGAUGCGGAGAGUGUGUUGAGCCCCGCUCACAGGGACACUGCGAACGUCAAGCUUCUCGCGGGAAAGCUCGCAGACGUCGUGCCGUCGGCUGCCAGCCAUGACGCGAUGGAAGGUGGCGUGGAGCUCAAGUCGGCCGCAACCGGCAUUCAGGCGGCAUUCAUCCCUGAGACCGCAGUCGAAGUCUAUUCUUUCGACGACCGUACCAAAGCCGACACGGGCCUCGCUCGGAUGUUCCAGGCAAUGGAGCAGCGCACGAAGUCGGACCCAAGCUGUCGCUCUGCUGAAGCCGCGAGGGUCUUCAGGGCGGCGCUCAACGCAGCCAUGGCCGAUGCCAUCUACAAGGACGGCGCAUCCGCGACGCGGACGGCCCCAGCGCAGACAGUCCCAGUGCAGACCGAUUCAGCACGGACUGCGUCGCUGAAGACGGCCUCGGACGGCCCGGAAGGCCUGGAGGAGGCGAUGGCGAAAGAGCUUUUCGGCUCCGGCUUGGAUGACCAGCAGCCUGCAGGUCCAAGGAAGUGA